AUAAAUGCUCAUAAUUACCCGGUGGAUGUAUAAUAAGCCUGGUGUUAUUGCUUUGGCUUAUUGGACGUACUGGCGCUUAUUGCAGUUUAUUGGUGUUGUUAUUGAAUCCUAGACCACGUGUUUCUGUUAGUUCAGAAAAAAUGAUGCUCUGGAAGACACAAUACGCGUAUGGCUCUUCUCCUAAAGAGAAAGCAAACAACGACUUGGAGUCCCAAUCUGUUGGUGACGGUGAAAAAGGUCCUGGAAAAAUCAGCCCCAGGAAGGGAAAACAUGGAAAAACUGGCAGUGACAUGGAUAUCGACCAAACCGCUACAAAACUGAAAAAAAUUGUCAUUGAGCAGCCGAGUUCAGUUGGGAAGAAUACAGGUCAGUUUUCACCACCUGUCCAAGUUGGCAUGACAAACUUGAUUGACAGCUGCGGGUAUCAGCCAGGGGCGGGGCACCCGGGUUUGGCGUACAGAAGAGUGCAGCAAAACACCACGAACCCACUCAAGUUGAAAAUCUAUCGUACCAUAAAUGAAGAGGAACAGUCUAAAAAUGAAAGUUGCGUCGUACGCCUUGAGCCUGAUAUCCCUGAAGAUGAAUGCCCAUCAAGGUCAAGUAGCGAAAGCAGUGAAGGUGAUGCCCUAGACUCUGGAGUAGAGUCGCCCCAUGAUGUCACAUCUGGGAGUCACACGCCUCCAAUCAAUGUACCGAGAAGAGUGUCCGCUCCACCAAAGAUGAUUCCCAUUAUGAGAAAAUCAGACUGGGAGCCUAAAGUGGCCUCUCCACUAACGAGUCCAGGGAACUUCACUGUGGCAAGUUCCCGGAACCCACCAAUGCCCAGUCCCAGGAAUAUGCCCCAAAGUGCUCCUCCGUAUCCUUCUCACAAGUUUCCAUGGCAAUUAAAGGUAGAUAAGGUAAGUCAAGACCCUCCUUUAUUACAGAAUGGAGCUUUAUCAGAGGCUUUUCCUCUGGGAGUUAAUGGAUCUUAUAUGUUCAUCUUGAUUAAUUUCAUCAA